GAAGUUUUCCUUGAGCAAAAGCAACCCUUUAAUUUUCAGGUGCUGCUCCAACAAAGAUGAGAAAUCCCAGGAAUCUCAGAUGAAUCCUUAAAGAUGACUUGGAAUUAGUCUUUUAUGCUGCUUCCUGCCGAAUUGAUAUAAUGUCAACCUUGUGAGUUGUACAAGACCCAAAAGCACUUAUCUCGUGCAAUAAAACAAACAUGCUCCAGAGUGUCAAAGGCAAGAGGUCCUGCACAUGACUAUAUACUAGUCUAAUUUAUUGAUUCUCCAAAAUGGUGAUAGUUCUUAAAGCAUGGUUUGUUUCUUCAAUGGAAUCAAGUGUACAUGAAGCUGUAUCAUCAAGAUUCUGUGAUGGUUUUGCUUUGAUGCCUUAUGCUUACUUGGAGGCUGUCAACUUUUUCUCCUUCAAGGAUGAAUAAAUUUAGCACUUGAUGUUUAAAAGAAAAAGGGUUUCUCGGUGCUUAAGAAGGACGUUGAAUGUGAUAGAGGGAUAAUAUAUAGCACUAUGGCAUUCUAUGUCUUCAGUUUGCAUAUUCCAUUAAGUUUUGGCGGGCUGGCUAUAGUUGCCACCAUAUUGCAUCAAGAAGUUAUUGAGCCACAGACUGAGGCGUUGGCAUUACUUGGUCUUGAAAUUUUAGAGUUCAUUGGUUUUGUCUUGCUGCUGAAACGCCCUGGGGAGCCCCAGUACAAGCUUCUUGACUUAUUCCAAGUUAACGAGUUAGCAGCAGAAAGAAGCUGGUUGCUGGCAUCACUGAUUGGUUUUUUGUUCCUUUUGUUCUUGUUGCUGGUAACAUCACUUAUUGCUGAUCAAUUUCUGGGGACUAAGGAGGUAAACAAUCCAAUACUGCAAGCACUCCUCUCAAGCGGCUCAAUCUCUGUUACAGCUUGCAUUCUUGUCUACUGCAUUGUCACUCCCUUCCUGGAAGAGAUUGUCUACAGAGGGUAUUUGCUGACUUCUCUUUCCUGCACUAUGAAGUGGCAGCAAGCCGUUCUGCUGAGUUCUUUGCUUUUCAGUGCAUCUCACUUCUCUGCUGAGAAUUUCCUGCAGUUAUUCGUUAUUGGCUGUGUCCUUGGAUGCUCUUAUUGUUGGUCUGGGAACCUUAGUUCAUCUGUCCUCGUACACUCGUUGUACAAUGCCUUCAUCCUCUACAUAACCUAUAUUUCUUGAAUAUUGAUGCUGAUUCUGCGCGUUCCUUCUACUUAUUUGGACAAAUUAUCUACCUUUUAUGGAUUCCGUUUACAAUGACAACUAAUUAUUGCUUGUCCUCUCA